GAUGCCAGCAGGAGGGUUGAAGAGUGACAUGGAGCGUGUGGGAGUCUUUAAGGAGAUGAGCUACAUCUCUGUAGGAGACACAUACACUCCAGCCGGCGCUGGCCCGUUCCACGAGUCGGCGUACCGCAGCCGGCAGAUGCAGGCGGGGGUGUCCAGGCAGCGGUGCGCCCUGCAGAGCGGCUUCUUCGACAAGUCCUUCAAGAGGAUCUUCGAACGUGAGGCGCUGAGCGACCCGCUGAAACAGGUCCGGCAGACCCGGCUCCAGCAGGCCAAGAAGAACCUGGGAAAGGCCUUCCUGCCGUGCAACGGCGCCAAGAAGGCCUGUGGUUCAGGUACUUACUACGGAACGCUAUCUGGACCCAUCCAAGCCCUGAGUCCGCAGUCAGUCCCCCGGAAAGCCGAGUCCUCGCCCAGACGCAACAUUGUCACCUCACCGCCCAAGAAAGGCAGCGGUUACAGCUAUCCCAAUGUGACGCUGUCCAAAGUAGAGCUGUACUCCUCAGACCCCUACGACAGGGCCAGGGAGGCUCUGAGGAGGGAAGCAGCAGCUCAUCGUUCAAAGUUGCGAGACGGUCCGUUCAGGCUCAACCUGCACCCCAGAGAAUACUUCCAGAAGAACCCGUACCGCAGUGAGAAGCCCCUCCCAGCCCCCCAGAGGCCCGGCCCCCCCGCUCACAGACCCGUCCCAGUCCCCUUCAAGCCCUCCUCCCCCAGCAAGCGGAUCGGGGGAAUGAAGGCAGGGACCUUCGACUCUUACCCCUCGCACUCCAGCGACCCCUACAUGGUCCGGCGGCCCCAGCAGGCGCCCCCCCGGCCAGCCUUCCACCCCCCUCCCGGGCCGAAGAGCAUGCCCGUCAAGAGCAUCAUCACCGCCAACGUGAACCGGACUGUGCACUCUGCAGAGCUCCCUGCUGUAACCACCCACUGA